AUCGGUUCGGAUCUGAUCAGCUGCAUCAAUUCUCUGAGCAUUUCCAGGCUGCUCAGGAGACUGGUCAGGGUACGGGUGAUAUGCAUACCGUCCAUCUAUCUAUCCAGGUCGACCGGAUCUCAUUGGCAGAUCCGGUUCACGAAGUUGUAGAGAAGGGUGGAUGCUCGGCAAGUCAGAUCUGGUCUACCUCCGCAUUUUUCAACAACUUCAUUGUUCCCAAGCUGCUGGUCGAGCAGUGUGAGGAAUGCUUGGCCUUAGCGGCCCUGAAGGUUGGGCUCUACAGCCUGCAAAUGAGGGAUGCCCGGCUGGCCAAAGAGCGGGAGCUGAUUGUUGCCC